AUGAACAAUCCCUAUUCUCCGGCUGGCUCAGAUUUUGUGGCUAAUAACCCCUUCGCACCCGCACAAAGUCGAUAUCCCGACAUUUCCUCACAAUCGCCUCUACCAAACCCUCAGUACACUCAAUGGAUGGGUUCACCCAGCGCGCAAAGUCCGAUGGGUUUCCAAUCGCAGCCCCAGUUCCAGCAGCAAGGGCAGCCUUUCCAACAGCAACACUUUGGGAUGAUGAGUCCUGGCGUGCAACCAUCGACAAGUGGGUUCCAGCCAACAAGUGCAUUCGGCCAACAACUUGCUGCUGGGCAGAUGAGCGGAAGUAGCUACGGCUACCUCCAGGGCCAGACACCACAAUCUGUGUCUCCCGCGUAUAACCCGGUCCAGAAUCAGCUCAACAGUCCCGGUUAUGUUGCCCAAUUCGAUCCAUACGGUCAACUAGGUCAACUCGACACUUACGCCUCUGCUCAACCCCCGCCCCAACUUCAACCCUCCAAUUCGAGUAGUCUCAUUGCCACUUCACCAACGGCGACCACCUCUGUAUCGCCUACCGGGCAACUCCAUCCUCGAGAAUUUAUCAAGGUGAACAAAGCUGGUGUCGAGGCUUGGGAUGCCGGGACAUGGAAACAACUCCUUGUGACGUUCGAUGGUCUCAAAGAUGCCUGGGAGGCGCGGAGGAAAGAUAUUCUCGGAAACGUUGCCCAACUACGACAGCAAUUAGCUUACGCCACUUAUUAUGCUCCCGGACAGCUCCAGCAAGAAAUCACUCGUUUACAGGCUAUGGCCAAAGAUGCUGAAUCAAAUCAUGACUCUGUGGCUGCUUCGUCAUUCCAGAUGCACGAAGUCUUUGCCAAUUACAGGCAAGCAUCUGACAUGGCCAGUAAAUCGCGCGUCCGCGAAGCGUCGAAUGCAGCGCUCACAAGUCUGCCUGACUGGCCACCAGUCGCUUACUAA